AGGUCUUACACCUUGAAGAGUCAGAGGGUGUGGAAAGUCAUGCUGUCAGUCAGCCCGAGGUUGUCGACAACUUGCUGCCCCAGAUCCGUCGCCAGUUGCGGCGCUUGAUCAAAAGCCCCCGACCUCGUCCCCCGGAGAUCUGUCGCAACUCCAACAAGGAGGAACUGUUGGCGUGGUACAGAUUCUGGGACUCCAAAAAACAAGGUAACCUGAAUGUUCCGACCUUGACCCUGGCGGUGGUGACCACCUUCCACACAGCCCUAGCCAAGACGGCAGAUGCUCAGACUAAGGAUGCAAUUGCCCAUGCCUUCCUGACGGAGUUGGGCUUACGGGAAAGCGACACUGUCACUGAGUCACAGUUCAUUGAAAAGAUGGCUCCUCAGUUGGUGGCGAACUUGCCCGUGGCCAUCGAACGGGGCCAUCCGUCGGGGUCCCUCGAUCCCAAGCUGCCCCUGACGCUGCAUUUGCGUGACAUCAAAACUGGAACGGAGCGGCCCUUGUACUUCGACGUGGCUGGCGAGGUCACUAUUGGCGAUCUCCGUAAAGCCACCCUCCGUCGCUUUCCAGUGAUCUUGUGCCGGCGCAAGGUGAAACUCUUCGUGAUGGGUCAGAUGUUAGAAGAUGACUUCAUGCCACUUUUCCACAUCAGAGGGAUUUAUGAAGGGGCUACAGUGAAGCUUGGUUUUGCAGUCAUCGGGAACUUCAUGCCAGGGCAGCGUCUCUUGGAAGCUACGCCGUCGCCGAAGAAGAAGUCCUGGAAGAAUGAAGUCGACGACUUCUUAGAUGACUUGAACGAAUUCGACGAUGCCUCAACCGUUUUCGAUUCCGAUGAGGAGCGUGAGCGACAUGACACUUUGACUCAGGCACCGAAAUCCUGGGGCAUCCUGGGGCGGCUGGGUCCACCCGACAAUUUCAUGGCAAUGAUCAACUUGGCCAAAUUUCUUGGGGACCUCCAGUCCGCCUGUCAGUCUGCUCCCGUGAGCCGCUUGGCGUCGAGUCAGUCCGCCGAGAGAGCCAAGGCGCUUCUGGGUGACCGUUGUGACCCCUUAAGCUCGAACAUCAACUUGGUGAGGCGAAUGCUGAUCUUUGAUUUCGAGCAUGACAGACAUGUCUUGGAAGUGAUCCCUUCAAAGCAGACUUUUUACCUUUCAGGUUUGUUGGAUGCUGGAUACGAGAGUUACACACUGUUUGACGCAACAUUGGCUUCUCAAUUCCCAGAUUCAGUUGCCAGCCCUUUUCGUCUUUGGGCGAUAGAAGGAGCUCCGAAGAUGCCAGAUCCAGUUGCCUCACAAAGCUACUUCAUGUCAUGGUGGCUCCUUACGUCACCGGUCAUUGGUACCAUCCAGAUUCCAGAGUUCACAUGCCAACAUGCUGUGCCGACCAUUGAGCAUUUGAUUCCCCUCGUCCAACCCUGGGAUAAGAAUGAUGAAGAUGCCCUGUGGGACAACAAGUUUGAGGGACCUGUCACUAUUGGGGCCAUUUUGGAUUUUCUGUUUCGGGAUCACCAAAACUCCGCCAAACCUGUGAAACCAAUUUCCUUGCCUGUUGAUGAAGACUGUUGCAUGCUUGAACCUGAAACGCCUUGGAUUGAUUGUCCUGACCAAACCAAAACUGAUGACGGUGAACCAUGUCUUGACGCUGAGUUCUGUACAGUGUUUUUCGAUGGAGACAUUCAAGCACCAGUGAAGCUGAAUCCGAUUGUUGGAUCCACAUUGCAAGAAUUGCUUAGUGCCCAUGAGAAACUUGUGGGCACAUGCCAUGUCCAGCAGUGUGUCGAUGCCAAUGGCCAAACCCUGCCUUUGACCCAUCGUCUUGCAGUUGGUGAGCUCAUUUUUGUCAAGUUUAUCCAUCCGGCCAUGAGUGCUUUGCCUCCAAGUGUGAAAGAAGUGGAUGCGAGCCUCCCGGCCACCAGUCUUGACCCUGAGAUCACGCAGACAGCACCGUGGACACAUCCGCCUGAUGAAACUAGCAGAAAGCCGUCCGUUUUUGACAUAGGUGAAUGUUCAGUCGCCUUGAUCAAAGAUCAACCGGCGUGGUUGAAUGCAGAACCACUGUUAGGACUUCAGGGUGAACAAUUCCAGUUUUUGUCCACGCCUCAGAUCUCGAACCCCCAGCAACUUUGGUCAGUGCGCAAUCAGUUUUUGAAAGUCCAAGACCGCCUUGCCAUUUUGGCCAAUCAGGGUAAAAUCUCAUCUGAUGAUGAACUCCGGUUUCACCUUUUUGCUUUGAGUCAGAAGUACGUUGAAACUCAAGUGCUUUUCUCGAAAGACCCUGUCAAACAGCUUGUCACCAUAGACCCUUUGAUUGCCACUGCUUGGCUUCAUGGAAAGGCAUUCUCGUGUGAAGCAUGGGGACAUGAUCAUGGGUUCAUACAUGCGCAGUCGUUGCCAGUUGCAACUGCUUUCAAAUUGGGCAAUCAUUGGAUACCUGUGUCCAUGUACCCAGUUGGUGAUGCUCUGCACGUGUUUCUUUGGGAUGCGGAUGGGAAUGACCAUACAAAGUUGAAUGAAGUCCUUGAAGAACUUGGCCUUGCCAUGGGCUUUGUUUCGGUUUGCAUUCAGCGUGAUCGUAGGAUGUUUUUCACUUCGGAUUUGUGUGGAACCUUGGCAGUUGCCUACUUGCACAAUGUGUUCCUUCAUGUUCAGUUGCCUGCCAACUCUGAAGAGACCUUGCAGCGCUUUCAUUUUUAUCGAGGUGAAUUUGUCAAGUCCUUUUCUCACUGUGAUAUUGCUCGAAGGCCAUGGGUAUGGGCUCAAGGGGACCAAAAUCAAACCAGUGACCCACAGGUGUCGCUUAGUGAUACCGUGCAGUUGCCGGUCACUUUGACCAGAGAGCAGAGGUUGGAUCUCAUCUCUACGCAUGGGAAAGCGGUGGCAGAUGAUGAGAUUAGGUUUCACAUUCUGCACAUCAUCGACAGGUACCAUGCCAUUUGUGCGGAGAACAACCAACAACCUGCGCAUCACUACUUGUUCUUUGAACCCUUGGUUUUCACGUGUUGGGAGUCCAUUGGCAGAACCAUUUCAGCUAGGUUGCCAGACACGGUUGAAACCUUGACAACGCUUCACGCCAACAUGAGAGCGACGUUUGUUGCAGACCUGUAUACGAAGACUGAAGUUCCUGCUACUGAUCUAGGUGCACACCAGUACACACGUGCUGUUGAUGUUGCGGAAAUGGAAUUUCACCUUGCGCGGUUGCGUGCUGCCAUGGUGCCAACCCAGGAAUGUAGCAACCGCCCGAUCAUUUUGGUUUUGCAAGGGACCACGGAGAUCCAAAACUCCUUGGUACAAUUUGCCGCUGGUCAGGAGGAUGUGAUGUUGAUGGUUGCAUUGGAGGACCAUCAUUGGUUCCCCCUUGUGUGUGUCCGCACUGCCAAAGUAGUCCGUGUCUCUGUCUCGUCAUCAGCCAGUACUGUCGUUCAGGAGAUGGUUCCCAAGUGUCCAGGCAUGCUUGUACAGUACCUUGCUGAACCAGUCAGCCAAUACUUGUGUGGUGCCCACGCAGUGAAUGUCAUUGCGCAUGUCAUCUUUAACCAGCCGAUUUGCUCAUGCACGGAAGAGUUGGAAUGCCUGCAUUUCCAGUUGAAAGGUGAUUUCACCUCAGGUGGUGUCCCUGAGGAAUUGACUGGAAAGAUUGGAUAUGGUCCACAAGGGACAUUGUUGAAAGAUUUGGCCUCCGUAGAUGUGAUUCAUGCUGAAGCUGACUGCCUGUGGGUUACGGAUUUAGCAAACAUCACACCUGGGAACAAGAUCACUCAACUGUCACAAAUUGGAACGGAAGAUGAGUUGUGCUCUGCAUUCAUCCAGGUUAAAUCCAGCAGUGCUCAUGCGGAUCUGUGGGAGCGAAUUGCCGGGUUGGUUCAUGACCGACACUUCUCUGCCGUUGCCACUCUGGACAGGGCUCAAACCGUUAUCAUUGCCUGCCCAGGGCCUGUGAACUUGAAAGGUUGGAAGGACGGUGCAUCAGUGCCUUAUUUAACCUUGAAGGGCUUCUCCUAUAGGAGACAAUCCAAGGCAGUUGAUGCGCUGCCUUUUGUUCAUUCCUUGGAAGGUAUUGACAAGAUUGCGAUUACUAGCUUUCGUUAG